AGCAGUACGGACGGUCGGUUAACGAAACGUCGCGUUGCUUGGAGUUGCAUUGCGCGAGCCCUUUUUUCGCAGGUGCAGCGCCGAAAAGAACGCCCGAUAGGUGUGUUGUACGCUCGUUGCGGGUGGUGACGGUGGAAGGUGGUGUAUAACCAGAAGCGAAACACUUUGUCACGCACUGGCAAUGCAAAUCACUCACGACGGCUCAUCAUUCGGCGCAAAUAAUCAUGCUGGCGUGGAAAACCAAUCAUACGCGGCCGGAAAAUGUGUUAGAAACAGUGAGUAAGUGAGUGAGUGAGUGAAGUGAGUUUGUCGCGGAAUAAAAUAAUACAACACAAAAAAAAGUGAAGUGAUUAAAAUCUCCCCACCAGGAUAAAGGAAAUCGGAAGUCGCGGGGCCGAUUGUCUCAUCCCGUUUCAUUCGCACUUCCCCGCUGCCCGUUCUCCUCCGUUUCUCACGGGUUGCUUGGUUUUGGGGUUUUUUUUGUUUUUCGUAUCGAGUUUCUCUCUGAGGUCCGGAAGACUCGUUGAGAGCAAAAGCAAAAAAAAAACAAGUGAAAAGAAAAACAAAAAUCGAGUUCGGAAAAACACCAUCAACAUCAACAAUUCCCGUCGUCAACGAGAGGAAACAUCAACAACAAAAAAAGCGGCGGAAGCGGCAAGUUGCGUUCGCUCAGGUGGAAAUAAUAAUAUCAAUAUUGAAGCCGACCCGCCGAGCAACAUCAUCACAAGUAGCAGCAGCAGCAGCAGCAGCCCGAUUAUGGAUAUCAGGGUCGUCGGCGGACCCUGCGGCUACCAUGGGUCGUACACGUUCUACAAGGGCGUCAAAAUUACGUUCGGCACGAGCGGCACCACCACCUCCUCCGACCCUUCGUCUUCUUCGUCCUCAUCCGUAUCGGCGCCGAGUCCGAGCGGAAAGCCCACUGCCACUAACACUACCUCCGCCAAUGGUCACAGCAGUAGCAGCAGUUCCGGUGACAUUCCCGGUGUUGGUGGGGACGGGACGGCGGCGCCUGAUGGUGACCCACCGGCGUCCGAUGCCGCCCCAAAACACACCUCCCCGCAACGGCUAGACGAACAGAAAGAGCGUGAAGAGCGAAGGGGUGAGGAGGAAGGGGAAAGUGGCACUGGCAACACUGCCAGAGAGUGCAAGCGAACCGACACGAGUAGUAGCAACCACAACAACAACAACAACAAUGCUAGUGUCAGCAACAACAACAACAACAACAAUAGUACUAGUAGCGGAAGUGUUAGUGUAAGCAACAGUGGCAACAGUGGCAGCAGCAAUGGCGGUAGUAGUAAUAGUGGCAAUAGCAAUAGCAAUAGUGAUAGUAACGGUAACAAUAGCUGUAGUACCAAUGGUGGCAAUAGUAGUACCAAUGGCGGAAGUGGUGGCAAAAGCCAAAAUGGCAUCCAAACGAAGCCGGCGAAGCAAACGCAACGAAAAUGCGUCAGUGAAAAUGGCGUCGGUGGUGUGGGUGGAGGCGUCGGCGGGGGCGUGUCGGGUGGCAGUGCUGCCAGCAGUAGCAACGGCACCGGCAGCAGUACCAAAGCUGGCAACAAUAAUUUAUGCGGAAUGGCGUCGCUGGAUCGAGACAACCUACGACCGCUGGUGCUGGCGCUGGGCGACUGCAUUCCGGUUCGGCCGUGGUCCGACUCGCCGAUCGCGUGCCUGGCCGAGCUGCGCAUGGUCUGGCGGGACCGGAACGAGCAGUGCCUGCUGAUCGCCCUCCGGCUCUACUUCCUGCCGGAAAACACACCGUCCGGCCGCAACUGCCACGGCGAGGACGAGGUGCUGGCAAUCUCGGACAAGGUGAUACUGCGGGCGGAAGAUCUGCUGAACUGGAUCGACACCGACCAGGAGUGGACCUGGGGCCUGCUGACGAUGUACAACGAGUCCAGCGCGAAGGACUGCCUCGGGACGACGCGGCAUCUCAGCAAAAACUCCUCGCUCGACUUUGGCGACGUGGACCGGGAGAAGCAUAUGGGAGAAAGUAUCGUAUCGAGGGUGGCGGUGCUGAGUUUUUCGCGGUACUGUCGCUACCGGGCGAUAUUGAAGCGCCUGGAGGGCGUCAACGAUGCGUGGCUGCGGAAUACGCUGGUUGAAACACUCGGCGGGUUCGUGGCGCCCGCGCCCAACAUGCGCAUCAUGUUCUGCAAGGAAACGUUCGACUAUCCGGAGCUGGAGACGCACGAGCUGCUGUGCAAUCAUCUCGCGCCGAAGCUGAAGGGCCGGCCGCGCGGCAAGCGGAAGAAGACGCUGUCCGAUUCGUCGCAGUACACCAAGAAGGAGGGCUGCUCGGACGAGAGCGAAUCGAACGAGUCCGAUGUGUCGGAUUAUUCCUACAGCAAGGUAUCUCCCGGCAAGAAGGUGAUCGAUCUAAACCCAACACCACGGUACAACCCCCGACCCUCCCGGGGGUCAUCUCAGACGAAGCAGGAACCGAUCAGUGUCGUCAUAUCCGCGUCGGCCGGUACGGUUAAGGCAAGCACGAACGCCUCCAGCCAGGCGAACCACCUCUCCCAGCGCAACCGUUCUAAGUCCACCAACUCGAAGUCGUCCGGCAAGUCGUCUGGCAAGAAAUCGAAAUCAUCGUCCAAAGCGUCCAAAAAGUCGGGCAGGGGUAGAAAGCCAGCCUCGGCGACUGCGGCCGUCGGUCAGGACGAGUCGGAAGAGGACGAUGAGGAGGCGGAUGAGGAUGGCGAGGAGGAAUCAUCGUCCGCGCGUGGCGGUUCGAAGGAUCGCGAUCGGGACGAUGCGGACGAGGACGACAUAGAGGAGGAGGAAGAGGUGGACUACGAGGAGGACGAAGAGGAAGAGGAUGACAAUCUGUUCCGGGUGAACGAGCGGAUGAGUGGUGGUGAGAAGGAGUUCCUCCAGCGGUUGCAGGAGUUCCUCGAUCCCCGAGCACUCCAGUAUGCGGACAGUCAGGCGGCAUCGUUGAAGGGUGUGAGCCUCUAUGCGGUAUACGCCAAGGUGCAGAAGAUCGGUGGAUACAAUUCGGUCACGGAUAAAGACGUCUGGAAUCAGCUCCUACAAGGGACGGGAGGUGAAAACGGGGUGCUUAGUCGGAGGAAGUACGAAAAGAUUGUCCUGCCAUUCGAGAAGCACCUGAGGGAGCAGGCGGCCGACCAGCAGGACGUAAAACGGGAAUCUACCCUGCUCCUCCUGGGUGACGAGGAGUUGGAAAGCAAACUGCGAAUGCUGAAGGACGUUAAGCUGGAGAAGUACGAGCAGUUCGAUGAUCGGGGAAGUGGCAAGGACACCAAGCCCAGUGACGCCGGGCUGCUCGAUUACUCGGUGAAGCGCGAGUUGGUCGAAAAGGAUGAGUUCUUCGCCAAGAAGGACGGCAACAGUAGCCCCUCGAACGGGGUACACCUGGGAAUGUCGCCGGUGUCGGUGCCAUUGACGGUGAUCGUGCGGCCGAACUUGGACGAGAAGGACCAGAAGUCGUCGCAAAUACAGAUCAAUCAGCCACACACGACGAUCACCGUGCAUCAGACGACGAUCCAUCCGCAGAACAGUGGAAACCAUCAUCAUCAGGCGACCAGCAAUCAUCACCAUCACCACCAUCACCAUCAUCAUCAGCAUAUGCAGAUCAGUGGACAGAGCCCGCAGCACAUCACGAAUCAGAUACAGAUUACCAACCAGAUCCAGAUCCAGCAGAUCACGGUUCAGUCGAGUGAAGCGAAGAACGGUGGCUCGGGUGGAGGUCCCACCGGGGGAUCGGCCUGUGGUAGCCCCGGGGAAGCAUCCGGAGGGCAGUUUAAGUACAGCUUCAAGCAGGAUAAAUCGGGCCAGGAGCUAAACAUCGAACCGGUGGCGACGGCACCCAAAUCAGUCACUUCAUCCUCCACGCCGGUUGGUUCACCCUCGGAAGGUAGCCACACAUCCUCGCUUAGCCUUUUCCCCCUCAACCGGCAGGGUACGGAUCCGGACCUUACGAUCAAGGAGGUGUCCGUGUGUCCAACCAGUGGGACACUUUCGAUCACUUCCAGCGCGUGCAUUCCCUCGUCGGCAUCCGGGUUGAAUACGCCCUCGAAGACGAGCUCGUUGCGGCACGUCCGCAUGAAGAACGAUCGCAAGGGAAGCCAAUCGAAUCCUGGCGGUGGAUUGCUAAUGGAUGGUUCAUCGGCGGGCGGAGGGUUUGGGAUGGGUGCUAGUCAGAAGGAAAACAUUCCGCUACUCGGAACCGGUUCGACCAGCCUUUUCGGUGGUCAAAGUCUGACGACGAUCACUCCGAUUCCGGCGAACAUGACCGGUUCGGGGUACCUCGGAUCGGUUUCCGACGUCGGUGGAACCGGUGGCCAUCAUCAUAACGCGGGUUCGAAGCACGGAACCUCUGGUGGUGGAGCGCCUCAACCGACGGAAGUGAUCGAUCUGGUGGACAGUGAUAACGAAAGCGAUUCGGCACCAGGAUCGGGUGGAAACGGAGGGCGUAAGCAAGCGGGACAAGCAAUGCGCCCAAUCCCUUCACUCCUUCCACCGAUGAAGAAGCGCAAAUUGGACAUCCUUCGGGAGGGUGGCCUCGAAGUGACGCCCAUUUCGAAUGGUUCCAGCAUUUUCUCGUCGCUCGUGCAGAAGAACGCUUCGUCGACGCCGACGUCCCGCCCCGCACCGAACCCGAUGCGUAUCAACAUAACGGCUGAGCUGAACACCCCCGGUGCACCCCACCACCGUGCUCCGGACGGGGGGAAAAGUGGCCGCGAGCCACGUAAGUGCAUUCCGACGCCGCUCGAGUUCCAGACGCACUGCAUGUACACACGCACCGGGAAAGUGUUUGGCGAUCCGAAGGAACUGGUACCACCGCGAGCUCCCGCACCGGCCCCAGACCUCCUCGAUCUUACCGGACCGAAACCGAUGGGUGCUGCCGUGACCAAUCUGUCCACUAAAGGUCCUCCCACGACGAUGGACUUUUCGGCCGGAAGUUCCCGCAUGAACAACAAUCGACAGCAGGCGGGAGUUGGGUCGGCCGGUUCCCGGACCGCACCGAGUUUGCAGAUAACGCUCGUCCCUGGACCGACGAACAAUCCGUUGCCAGCACCCCACGGUGGUCUUCCGCCCAUGAUGACACCGUUGAACAUUCCCGUCCCAGUACCGAGCAGCCAGCAGGCAUUGGCGGGCUCUUCCGCUUCGCUUCCUGCCGGCGCGAUGGGACACAAGAAGCAGAAACCUUACGAAAUAGUGCCAUUGCGGGAUGGAGCCGCGCUCGGGCAAGGUGGAGUGAUGAAGGAACCGAGUCCAAAGGUAACCAUCGGUCCAUCGUCCGGCUCGUCCGGUUCGUCUACCUCGACCAACGGGACGAUACCACCUGGUCAGCAGCUUGGCCUCGCGCCCGGUGCUUCUCCAAACGCCCUUCUCGAAACGCUUGCGAACCUUCAGCGAGCGAAUCCGGUUCUGGUAGCGAACAUUCUCUCCUCAUCGGGCCUCUCGAAGUCAUCCAUCCCGGGACUAACGCAACUCCUCGGUACGUUCGGUGAGUCGGCGUUGGUGCCACCGAAACCUAAAACUCCCCGGCGGCGCUCGAACUCCCAGGCACAGGCUAACGCAGCGGCAGCGGCAUCAGUGGCGGUGGGUGGUACUCCUCCCGUUGCGGGAGGAAGUAGGCCACCAUCGACCAACAACAACAACAACCUUCCACCUUCGCCCUUCUCCGUGCCACCCGGGGUUCCAAUGCCCGGCGGCUUGAGUGUUCUUCCACCGUCCGUCCUGCAGGGACCUCCGCCAGCCGGAUCCCCGCAGCAUCCACCGCAAGCCGACUCACCGACCGCCUCCUACCCGCUGGACCAGCAGAUUAAACUGCUCCAGCAAGUCCAACUGCAGCAGCAGCAAAAGUACCUCCAGCAAAAAGCCUCCGAGGAGCAGCAAAAGCUUCACCUGCUCGCCCAAUUCCAGCAACAGCAGCAACAACAACAACAGCAGCAGAAGCCACCGAGUCAGGUCUCACCGGCGGCAUCCCCGUCAACGGUUGGAUCACCGCAUACGGCGGCCGGAACGCCACCCCUGUCGCAUCCCUCGCCACCGACGCUUCCGACGAUGCCACCGCUCCCACCGCAGGUACAAGUUCCUCGGCUUCCCGUCGUGCCACCACCGUCGGCAGCGGCCGCCGCGGCCGCACUCUUUUCCGCCGGACUGCCACCGGGUGCGGCCGCCGGAGGCUUCCCACCCUUCGAUCCGAUCUACCUGCAGCUGUACGCGGCCAACUCGGGCCUCUACCUGCCACCGGAGCAGCUGUUGCAGCUCUACAAGACUCUCCCUCAAAGCAUUCCUAUCAGCAAGAGCUAGUCGGCUAGCAGUGGGUGUUAGCGGGAGGAGGAGGAGGAGUACAGGGAACACCACCCGAGGUGGCUUGAGUGAUAAAAGAAACCACCAGAUUGGCAGCCGUUAGGAAGGGAGUUCGAAAGUCAUGCGUUUGAUUGUCCUCUUCAUCCAAUCCGAGCGUUAGUGUUCCUUAGACAAGUUUAGCAAAUCAAUCGAUCUUUCUCGUUUCAUCCUCUUCUUUCAGCUUUUUUUAAAGCUUUUCCAUUUUUCAAAUAGAGGCAAAACAGGAUUGCCUAUGUUAAAUGAUUUCAGUUGGAAAGGAAACAAGAUCCUGUUUUUUUUUGUACGAAUCGAUCGGAUGAAAGUAAAACAAGUGUAUUUAAAACAAAAAAGGGAAAGUGAAAAUCCAGGGAAGUGCAAAAAGCCGAACGUUUUCGUUUCUCGUUCAGUUUGUACAUAGUGUAAUUAUAAACAACGCAAACAUCGGUAGACAGUAAUACGAUAGGAUCUAGUGGAUGAGAGAGUAAGCUAGGAAAGGAAAACAAAAAAAACGAUAAGCGAUAGAACGGUAGCGUGUAAGCAGUAGUUUGCUAAGUCAGGGAAUUCCAGUUCUAGGUCCACCCACGUUGUAGACACGAGCAGCAGAGCCAACAUUCGACUAAGGGUAAAAUGAUUGAAUAAUGAAAUUGUAAAGCAAAAUUGACAACCGAAGUAAACAACAACAAAACAGCAUUAAAAAGAAAAACAUGAGUGUGCGUUUUUUGUGUAUGAACUUAGCUAAAACAUAUGUUACUGUGCAAGGGGCAAUGGAUAGAUAUGGUGUGUAGAAGCUGCUUUCAAAUAAAACAACAAAAAAACAAGGUAUAAACAUAAAAAAACAAAUUGAGAAAACAACAAAAUAACAUAACAAACUUAAGCAAAUUGAAACAUAAAACGAAAGGAAAUAAAACCAACGCGACAUCGGUGAAAGUGAGCGUAAAAGAGCCAAGAGUAUACAACAGAGGUUCGUAACCGAUUCCGCUUUGUAAUAAUAGGGUGGAUUAUCUAUUUGUCAUAUUGUACGAGUAGAAUGAUGCCACAAUGAUAUUACUAAUAGGUCCCAGAACCAUACUGAUCAAGCCUAUCCCUUACCCGUGUUCCCUUUCACUUUCUUUCACACUUCUCUAAUGCCCUUUGGGAGGGGGAAGGGAACAGAACCAUCUUUGUCUCUCAAUCGCUAAACUAACUAUUUUCAUUGUGUGCGAAGAAACAACAGGAAAGAAAUUGGAAGAGAAGGAGAAAACUUGCAAUUGAAAAAAGGGAAGAAAAGUCGCGAUGUGUCGUACAAUAA